UUUGUAUUUCUUACAUCUAAAGAAUUGUUUACUAUAAAAGAGCAUUUAUUCAUUGUGUAUUUGUCUUUUUAAUAGCAAAAUUGUUCAGUGGUAUUUUUAAAGUUUUGCAAAUUUAAUUAACAAAAAAACAAAGUUUUUGAUGGCAUAAUUUGAUGGCUUCUUCAUUAAAAAACUUAAAGAAGGUUCUAAACCUUUACAGUGGAACAUGGAAUUUUUACUCUGGAGUUACAAGGUACUUAAGUGGUACAAAUAAAGUUCAGUUUGAAAUUGAAAGUAAGCCCAACUUAUCUGAAAAAAUUAAUAUUGGGCAACCUACAGCGUUUUCGCAUACUCAUUUGUUUGAAAGCAUCCAUGAAAUUACGCCUGGAAUAUCACGAAAAGAAUACGCAUGGCGCAGACGUCAGCUGAUGCACGUUUUAGCAGAGGAUCAUGUUGGUCGAAACUACGACAAACAUCUUUUUAUAUUAUCUGCUGCAGAUUUAAAAAUUAUGACAAAUGAUAUCCCUUAUCCGUUUCAUCAAGACACAGAUUUCCUCUAUUUGUCUGGAGUUAAUGAGCCAGACGCAAUUUUAGUUCUAGAUUUUAACCGUGUGUCAUCUCGCCUAAAGUUUUUGUUAUUUGUGAAACCAAAAGAUCCAAAGAGAGAGUUAUGGGAUGGAGCUGUUAUAGGACAACAAGCUGCUGUUGAUUAUUUUAAUGCGGAUGAAUCUUUUCCAUUAAAUUCGUUCACGUCUAUGAUGCAAGAAAAGUUUAAUAACUCUGGCUAUUGUGUUUGGUAUAAAAAUCGAAGAACCAGUCACGCAGGAAACCAGCAGAUCAUCUUAUCUUUGUUAAAUGAUACCAAUUUCAAAAAAAAAGCAAUUCAAGAACUUGGUUUUAACUUGCAGAUGAUUCGCUUGAUAAAAAGUGCGUCUGAAAUAAACUUAUUAAAAAAGUCGGCAACUAUUGCUUCGAAAGCGUUUUCUAAAGUAAUAAAAAGUACUCGACCUGGCAUGAUUGAAUCCAACCUUCAUGCUCUUUUGGAAUAUGAGUGUCGCAUCGAUGGAGCUCAGUUUCUUUCUUUUCCACCAGUUGUUGCUGGUGGAAAUAGCGCUAAUACACUUCAUUACAUAAACAAUACCCAGUUGUUGAGAGACGGUGAAUUAGUUUUAAUGGAUGGGGGCUGUGAGUACCAUGGCUAUGUUAGCGAUAUCACACGUACUUGGCCAGUUAAUGGAAAGUUUAGUGAAGCACAAAAAGAGUUAUACGAGCUUGUGUUGCACGUGCAAGAAACAUGCUUGAAGGAAUGCAAGGAAGAUGUUUCAUUAGAUCAUCUUCAUAAUACAAUGAUGGUUUCGCUUGCAACAGAAUUAAAAAAAUUGGGUUUCUUUUCCGAAAAUGUUUCCAGUGCUCAACUUCAAAAGCAAGUUUCGCAGUAUUGCCCUCAUCAUUUGGGUCAUUACCUUGGUAUGGAUACUCACGAUACACCACUUCUUCAUCGAGGACUGCCUCUUCGUCCUGGAAUGGUAAUUACCAUGGAGCCUGGUCUUUAUGUAUCAGAAAAUGAUCUCAGCGUUCCUAAAAAGUAUCGUGGUAUCGGAAUUCGUAUUGAGGAUGAUGUGCUGAUUACAGAGCAUGGACCAUACAUAAUGACAGCAUCAUUACCUAAACAAGUCGGGCAAAUUGAGCAAUUAAUGGGAUCAUUUAGAAAUAAUGAAUAUAGUAUCAGCGUUUAAAUAAAUUAUAUCCGAUAUAAAUAAAUAUUAGAUAUAAAUAAAUUUAUAUCCGAUAUUAUUUACGAAAAUCUAGAUUAAAAGUUCUUGGAGGAAAAAGAAAAGUAAGUCAAAUGUUAUAAAUAAUAAACAUCUACGAGGGUUGUAAAUAUUAUUGAAUUUUAUAAGGACAGUUAUAUUAAAACCUAUAUGAAAAAAUUGUUUUUUUGGUUUUAUAUACGUUCGUAAUUAUAUUUAGUUAACAUAUCUAUUUACUUUAAAAUAAGUUGCAAGCGAUAAGUAGACGCUUUAAAGCGCUAUAGAUUUGACAACGUCUAAUUUUAUCAUCAUACACACAAAAUGUUUUUUUUUUACACAAAACGUUUAUUAGUGUAGAAAUUAGCUUUUUUUUAAUUUAUUUAGAAUAUCUAAACAAUCUACUACUAGUGGAAACUUUUUCCAUUUUAAAUUUUUGUUUGAAAACAAAUAAGGUUUGAAAAUUUCUAUAUUUUCGUAUUAAUUGUAUUAAUAAGAAAAUUUCGAGAUAAGUUUUCAUUGAUAAGCACGAAAGUUUUGAAAAUUGUCUUCUUUCAAUAUUGGUUUUUUUUUGCUGAUAUUUAAAAGCACUGUUAACACUGAGCCAAGUUUUUGAAGUUCUAAGUUUACACUAAAGGACAAGUCACUGGAAGAAACCGAAUUUGUACUACCUGCAAAAUUUAUACUCAUUUUGACGUCUAAGAUUGCAUGUUCCAUUAAAUGUUGCGUUCAAAAAUUUUUUAUUUAAAGUUAUGUAAUUAGUUUAAUACUUAAAGUUGUAAACUAUUGUUUCAAGCAGUUUAUAAAAACUUAUUGUUUAUUGA